CACGACCAUGACCUCUCACUUAGCAGCAGAGCAGUUUAUUCUAAACAAGUGGAACCACAAAGAUGUUCAGACUCUUUGGUCUUCUCAUUUUCAUUAACACUGCACUGGCUGAGGAUGUUGAUCAGCCCAGUCUCCUGAUGAGGGUUCAACUUGGAGACAGUGUGACCCUGACAUGCUUCUGUCCAGAAGAAAGAACUUCUGUUGCUUGGUUUAAGCAAACUGUUGGUCAGAAGCCCCAGCUCAUGGCGAAAGCACUUCGCUACGUACCUGGUGAAUUUUACAAGGAAUAUAAAAACAUAAAACGUUACUCCUUACAAAAUGCAGAGGGGAGUUUUAACCUCACUAUUUCCAACGCGGAGCCAUCAGAUUCUGCAGUGUAUUAUUGUGCUGCUGAGUCCUAUAAUGAAAUUCAUUUUGGGAAUGGAACCUUUGUCAUAAUCACAGGAGUCAUUUACAGCCACAGAAACAGGAGUGAUGAGUGUGAGAAGAGCCCUGAGGCUGGAUCUCCUACACAGAGCUGUGUCUACAGCCUCCCCAAGAGGAACCUCAGCCCCUCUGAUGCUGGGACUUACUACUGCGCUGUGGCCAUGUGUGGGGAGAUGCUGUUUGGGAACGGCACACAGCUGCAUAUAAACGCAUCCUUCAAGAUCUCUGACCUCCUCCCUGUAGACCCUCUCAUCAUCGUUGCAGAUCAGACCAAUGACGGUGGUGUCGUCAGCAGCUUCAAGAUGGAGUUGGAGCGAAACUUGGUUACGCAGUCGUGGGUGAAGAUGGAGUAG